AUGAUUGCUGACGAGCUUGUGAAGCUCAGCGAGAGUGCUGCAAACCCUGCAGAGUUGAGGCGAACUGCAGUGAAGAUGUUCGACAAGCCUUGGAAGACUCUGAAGGACAUCAUGAAGAACAGAGAGCAGUGGCAUGAUCGGGCGAGAGAGCUGCAGUUAGGAAAAACAGCAGGGACCAGAAAACGUGGAGUGAACCAGCACGUGAAGAGGGCAAACUUGAAGCUUUCCAAAGGCUGCAGAAAGCUAGGUGCAGGAAGACCAGACAUCUUUGCAGAGAGCAAGCAGCGAGUCAAAGCUUGGCUGGAGCGAGAACGAAUGAUGCAGCAUGCAGUUGAUGUGACCGACCUCAUGGAGGCUUUUGUAGAUGAUCUGAAGGAAGAAGCAGUCCUUUUGGAGCGAAAGCUUCGAGGUGAUGAAGCGCCUGUGAAGAAGGAGUUGCUUGUGCAGAAAGAAAGCAACCUGCCUGGCUUCGAGUUACUGCAGUCGCUUGAAGACUCAGUGCAGGCUUUGGACGAGGCCGCAGCCAAGCAGAGGCUUGCAGACUGCAAGGAGAGGCUGCGGAGACUGCAGGAGAAUGAAGGCUACAGAAAGACUUUCAAGGGCAGGCUGCCGCAGGAUGUAGGUGGGAAGCUGCACCUGGCGCAGCUGACCCUGCAGCAGGAGGAGCAGGCGGUGAUGGAGACGUGGAUGGAGUUUGAAGCAGCCUUGGACCUUGUAGCCUUCGGAGAUGCAGAGCAGUUGGCCAAGUUUGUGGAGAACCCCGUGCAGUUCCAGGAGCACAGACAAGAUUGCAUCAUUGGCUGGAGCGAUCAGAUUCCAUGCCGGCUGAAGAUGACAAGAGGCAAGCAGGUGUAUGCAGCCUCGGAGAGAGCCAAGAAGUCAAGGUUGAAGACCGCAGACUUCCAAAAGAUGCAGGACGAGAAACUGAAGUCUCUAGACGAAGCUGCGAAGCUCUUGCAGAAAGCCAAGGACCUCGAGGAUGCUGAAGAAGCAGAAGCAGUCGAGGAUGAAGCAAAGGAAGAGGAAGAGCAGCUGCAGGAGGAGACGGCACUUGGAGACGCGACCUUGAGAAGAGGAGUUGGAAGUGCAGAGGAUGAGAAGUGGAGAUGUACAGUGGAGCAUCGGCUUGUGCUGAAGGAUUACUUCAAGCCAGGUGCAGAUCCUCAAGCCUACAAUUGGAGGCCUGCUUUGAUAGUGAAGACUGCAAGCCAUUGCAGACUCAGCAACAUCAUUGCAAAUGGACAGUGGAGAGAAGAUGAACAGUUUGAAGCUGCAGGCAAGGUUGUGAUGCGAGUUGCAGGGCGCUCUGCAGGCGGGGUUCUGGCUCCGUGGGUGAAGCUGCGAGAGCAGGGAUUGCUGCAGAAUUGGGAAAGUCUUCGGCCAGCCUGCAGCCGUGACCGAUGCAGUGAUACAGCAGUGGAUGCUGCAGUCCAUGGGCGAGCAGUUCCCCUGCAGCAUCUGGGAACCACGGACUUGGUGCAGCCUACAGACACUGACUUUGCAGCCAGUUUGAAGGCCAGUUUGAGGACAGCACAGAGUGAAGAAAAGAAGAGAAUGCUGGAGUCAGCUGCAGCAGCAGGAGAAAGACCAAGCUUCAAGUGCAGUGUCUCUAGCUUGGGACGAAUGCUCGAUGCAGCCUGGCAGAUGCAGGAGCAAAGAUCGCUGGAGAGACCCUGGACACUGCAGUGCUUGAGGAGGAAUGGCUUCCUGCACUGGAGGCCAGACUGGGUGCAGCAGAAGCUGGUGCGUGCAGCCAAGCAGAAAUGGGCAGCAGAGUUGCCUGAAGGCAGCUAUCGCUUGCAGAGCAAGUGGUUGGAGAAUCGCAGCCUCUUCCUGGAGAGCAAGGAGGAGCGAGAUGCAGCGAUGAAGAAGUUGAAGGAUGCGAAGCUUCGGGAGAUCGCAUUCUGUCAUCAUGAAGGGUACUGCAGGGCCAGAUUCAAUGGCGAGAAGAUGCUGGAGAUGCACUUGGAGAUCGAAGCAGACGAGCUUGAAGAUGAGGUCCUGCUGCAGGCUCUGCCCUACUUUGAGAGUCUGGACACAAAGGUGCAGAGGAGGUUGAAGCGAGCAGCUGUGGGCGCAACUGCAGGCGACGAGCAGCAAGAGCAGGCUGCAGCGAGGAAGAGGAAGAACAGCGAUUUUGAAGCAAGGAAAGCAGGUCUGCUGAAGCCUGGCAAGCCAGAGGCCAAGGCUGCAGCGAAGAAGGCUGCAGCCGAGAAGGCGGCAGCGAAGAAGCCUGCAGCGGCCAAGGCUGCAUCGAAGAAGCCUGCAGCCCCUGAGACUGCAGAGCAGGAGAGUGCAGGCGAUGCUGAGCACAAGAGCAGCAAGAAGCAUGCAGGAGGCAAGGGCAAGUUGCAGAAGAAGGCUUCCGAGAAAUCCUUGCAGAAGGAGAAGAAAAAGAAGGCUUUGAAGAAGGCUCUGAAGCAGUUGGAGGCAGUUCCAGGAGAGGAGAAGCAGCGAGUGCAGGUUUGUUCCGAGCUUGCAGGCAAGCCCUACUACGGCAGGAUGGGUGUAGUGUCCAAGCAGGUUUGGAACAGCGGUGCAGAGACACUGUAUGUCGACUUGCAGCCUGGAGUGCACACCUUGAGGAGAGAGUUCCUGCAGGUGCCGAGCCUUCUGGGUGCUCUGAAGAUGAAGACUUUGCAGAGUUCCACGCGUGCAAUGCAGAAGUGGCUUCGUGAAGCGGCUUUGAAGACUCUUGGAGAUGAUCUUGGAGAUGACCUGCUCAUGCCGCUUGCAGAUGGGCUGCAGAAAGCAGAGAUCACGUGCAUCCGUCCAGAUGUUGUGCAGGCUUUCACAGCCCUUGCAGACCCUACAACCGAGCUGGAGGGCUUGGGAGAUGCAGAGUGGCUGCUGUCUGUUUGCCAGCUGCAGGAGCAGAGGACGGCCUUCUUGGAGCAAGCGCUGCAGAAAGACAGCAAGAGCUGCAGAAAGACUUGCUCUUUGCUACACCAAACAGACGUGUUGCAGAGUUCUUUCUGCACCAUUUUCUGCAGAUGCCGCUUCCAGCAAGAUGCAAUGCAGCAAGACUGCUUGCAGUGGAUGGAGACGACAUGCAGGCAGGCCCUUGGGGACUCUAAUAGCAUGCAGUGGCCCUUAGCAGGGGCCUGGGCUGCAAGGCUGCAGAGUGUGUGCAAAGCACUGAAGAAGGAGCAGGGCAAGAUCAUGGACACGAAGGUGAAGGCUGCAGAGAAACAGGCACUCCUUGAAGUCAAGCAGAAGAAAGCUGCUGCAGCCAGCAAGAAGAAGGAUGAAGAGGACAUGAAGAGCCUUUCGAAGAAGGCUCUUGCAGACCUGCUGAAGGAUCCUGCAGGCAAGCCCUGCUACGAGAACUUGAGUGUGCAGGCUCAGGCAGAGGUGUUGAAGGUGAUGGAGGGCUUCACUGGAGGCACCUGCAGCAGAUGCAGGGAAGGAGAUGGAUGCUUGUCCUGCAGCCGAUGGAAAGCAACCCGUUACUGGUUGCAGAAAGAGGGCUUCAAUGUAGAUCACCUCUAUGGAGCCAGUGGUGCAGCCUUGUUUAAGAAGAGCAAACUGCAGCGGGAAGCCCAGCUUGCAGAAUAUCCGACGAAGGCUGCAAAGGCGCCGGAAUCGCAGGUGCACACUGCAGUUUUGGAGCUUUCGCAGGGCCUGUAG